AGCCAGCAUUCCUGGCAGCAGCGAUAGGUGACAUACGUGCAGAAGCAGAGACACUUCCCUGUACGGCACAGCCUCCCCCACCCGUGCACCGUGUUUCAUAAACCUCCAAGCCCCUCCACUCCUACCACAGUGCCGAGUGAACGCCAGAGUUCCACUGAGACGUGUUCUAAAGUAAAAUUAGGUCGAGAGAUUCUCUUCUCGAGGAACGGCGUUAUGGCCGACUCGUUUCUAGAACGGUUCAAGGCGCGAGCUAAGCGAGGAAAUAGCGAGGACUGGGAAAGCCAAGAGGCACAGGAGGUUGAAGAGGAUGAGGGCAAGAAGCCACAGGAAAGAGGAGACCAGAGCGUCUGGCAGACGAGCAAUGGAGGAGGAGGCGGCAGAGAGGGUGACACGAGGAUUCGAAUAGAGGCGGCCAGCGUCGCCUCGCUGCACGGCUCGGGGUUUGGCUUCGCGGGGCAGGACGAUGCGGCGCCGCGCGAGGACGUGGGAGGGGACCGCGGGAGCCUCCGAGUGAGGCACGGAGACAGCCCCGGUGCGGCCAGCGAAGACGCAGCAGCAGCGGCGGCGGCAGCUAGCGGAGUCCGUGACAGCGAGAGGAGGAAGAGUGGCGAGCCCGAGAGCGACCGCAGCCAUGACUCCAUCGGGGAGGACUUUGAGUUCCUGGACAUGCAGCAGGACAGCAGUCUGGCAGAUGAAUUUAUGCAACAUUUUGACAGAUACCUCGUGAGGCCAGCAGCGGACGAUUUGGAGCCUCUCGCGGACUCAUCUGAAGACGUGAACAAGUAUGGGAGUCACAACAGAACCGAAGCGGCUUUGGAACGCGAGCCGCAGAUGCCCGCUCUCGAGGGCAAGGGCGGCAGGAACUCUGAGGUCGAGACGGUGGUGGGCGGAGGCAGCCAUUGUGACCUCGACCGCAAAUCCCCGGCGAGGACUCUCGAGGGGACGCCGCCGUUUGCUCCGGUGGACGACGCCGCCAAAGCGGCUACGUCCAGGAGAUCCGUUGGAGGCGAGAGAGACGAUGCCGCGGAGCUCCGGCGACGUUCCCCCAUGUUCACGGCAAACGCGGGGGACGCAAAUGUGUUCCAGCGUCAUGCACCAAACGAGGAGGCCCAACAGCGUCUGAUGGAAAAGGACAGCUGCUUGGGCGAUGCCAUUGGUCACACCGCCACCACUGUGGACCGUGCCUUGCAUUCAGUGCCUGUAGAAAGGAUGAGGGCGGAAGCAUCAGUCACCGACGGUCACAACACAUCAGCGCUGACGUUACACCCGCCACCUGCAUCCCAAUCGCCAUGCGCCACAUCGCCUCUGCUUCCACCAUUCUUAGCGCCUCCAGAGGCGCGGAGCUUUCAGCCGAGCUUCGCUCCGUCGUCGUUAAACUCGGCACCGCCGUCUCCUUCAACUACCUCACCGCGCCGGGCCAAUGAGUGUAUAGCAGGCGGACGGGAGCACGAAGGCGAUCAGGAAUUCGCCGGCGUUGUUGACAAAGAUGAUUUUGAAAUUCAUCAUUUUGAUGACGUUGAGUGUUCGUCACCCCCAUUGGAUUUCACGAUCCAAAAGCAGCGAGCCUCACUCAGCAAGUCAGGAGCACUGGGCAAUCGCAAACUGGGGAAACCACGGCCAGCAGACACGGAUUCAGAGUGUAUGUACAGAGACAGCACCGAUUCUCCAAGUGCCGAGUUGUCAGAAGAGGAGCCACCCACUCAGAAGAGAGGUCCACCAGGUGGUUUCAGGCUGCCUGCUCUGGGACCCUCCUUGCCUGGCGUGCAGAUGUUCAGGAAGAAAUCUCAAGACGGUGAACAUGGCGAAGUCUCUCCCAAACCACAAACCAAAGAAUUAUUCAAGUCCAAGAGCAGCCUGGGCCUUCCCCUGCCCGGAGCCAGAAGACAGCUGCCAGUUCCGGCCAGUGAUGACGCCGACAAACAAGGGUCGGAGCCUCCCCAAUGGUUAAAGGAACUCAAAUCAAAACAGAAAAAGCCUGCCAUGGAAUAGACACCAAUGUGAGCCUGGAAAAGGUUUUCAUCUAUGAGCAGCACUGUGAAUCGUGACAUGAUGUAGGGUUAAUUCCAUAUAUCCUUAAAUGGGUAUUCUGAAUGUUUCUACUUAAGGAUUGUAUCAUUCGCAGACAAAUACUUUUAAAUAUAUAAUCUCUGCAGGAAAAGUAUUUGCAUGUACACAGACAUACUGGCGUACAAUAUGUUCAGGCAUUUGCAUAAGUCACUUUUUUAUUUGCUUCAGAAGUUUAAGAAAUACGCGGCUAUGCUUGUGUUAAAAUCUCUUUAUUUUUCCAGGUAAUGUCUUUUCAUAAGCGACCUGGCCACGAAUAAUUGCUCAACGAAGUAGCUUAUGUGGACAUUUAUAUCAGUCAAAUCCUCUAAAUGCGUGUUUUCUAAAUGUGGAGGGAAAAACAAAGGGACCUGGAGAAAAAUCCAUGUGACCACGGGGAGAACACGCAAACUCCAAAUAUACAGGCGUUAUUAGGGUUGGGAUCGAACCCACGACCUCCUGUAUGCCAGGCGAGGUAGUUAACAUCUCGCCACCGUGGCGCCCCGUUUACUUUGGCACAGGUUUGUUUGGCCUUAGCUCUCCUCUCCUCCACACGUGAGAUGCAUCAUGGUCCUGACGGAAGCCGAUCGCUCCCCGCACACGGACCCACACAACUGGGGCACUGAGGGCCGUGCUGGUCAUACGCGAUGCAGAGGUCACGGUGGAUCGAAUAACUCAACACAGAGGUCGUCGCAGUCACGGAGAUUCCUUGCAGUCACGAAAGCUCCAAAUUAAGUUGAUUCCUUACAGAGUCUGUCCACUACCAGGCACGGCUAAACACAUUGACACGUAUAGUAGCUGUCAAGCGCCUUGAGUGAAGGCGCUCUGUAAAUUAUAUUAACGUGCCAAAUUAUUUCAGCUCGCGCGGGUAAGUUAAAGCAUCGUAAUCCUCACGGCCAAAUAUAGCAAUCAGAUAUAUCUACCGCUUGUACCCGUGACCAUUCGCUUAGCUAUGUUGGGUGGACUUUGACACAAAUGUUACCAUAUUAGGACGUGGCCGAACCCAAACAUUGCUAAUGCAUCAGUGGCUGAAAUGCAUUUGCCGCGAGCUGGUGGCUCUGCAGCACGCGGCCUAUGACCCAGCGGCAGCGGCGCUGUGGACGAGCCGGCGCGAGGGUUUGUGGAUCACGCGCGCGCUCGGGAAACUCCCUGUCCGUGCAGGGUAUUGCAGUAGCGCAAAUGGGUUAAUCUCCUUAGUUACGGGGAUUGUUAGACCCGCCUCACACACGUGGGUUUUGUGAGGGUGCUCUGGUUUUAUCCCACUUGUGUAAGACAACUCGCUCGCUCAUGGAGUUGGCCAAACAUCCCCCAAUUGUAGGACCGUUGAGCUUGGGGAAUGGUUGCCACCGGAUCUGGCUGCUUCCCCGCGUCGUGUCUGUGGGUUCGCGCGCCUCUGAAUCAUUCUCCGUCGGACUUUCUGUGCGCUGUGCUCAACCUGUAAAGAAUAAAUUGCUUCACUGUUGAUUACA